AUCGCUUUUCGCAGGCAAUCGGUGAUAAUUUAAAUUAUCAUAGCAACAGUUGCACAUUCGUGUAAUUUUCAAUAGUCACAUUUUGAAAAAUGAUAAAGUCUUAAAUUCGACAGAUGCGUAGAAAUAUUUCUAACCGAUUGGUGAUAAAAUUAUUGAAAUUGGUCCAGGGACAGCUGAGUUAUUAACGUUCAAAAUCUUUCAUAUUUUUUUUACAUGUUCCAUUUUCGGUUUCACAAAGUGUACCCCCUUAUAGAAAUCACGGACGUAGUCUACGUCAAAAAUUUACAUUAUAAAGAAACAACUAUCAAUAAGUAUGCUUAAUGCCUAGUUGGUCACUGAAUAUAAAUAUUUCACGAUUUCUGGAUAUUUUUAUGAAGAGUCAUCAGCUGUUUCCCAAUUUUCGGAUGAACAAAAAUAACCAGCCUACUAGCAAACAACUGUUUAGAAUCAAAACGCGUUCUGGGAUACUUCAUGCGUUUGCAUUAGACUUACAAAGGCCGACAUCAAAGAACAUCAACGAUUGAUAAGGUACAAAAGUCUCAUAGCAGUACUUUAAGUAUUUUUAAGCUUCGUUCAGCCUCACCAAAGUAUUUCGUAGGGAAAGCGGCCUUAAAUGAAGAAAUUGUUUCAACGUACAGCAUUAGUAAGUAUAUGGUUGACUGUCAUUAGACGGCAAACAAAAAUGAGUCUAUGAGAACUAUGAAUAAUGACUACAUCAAAGCGUUGGAAAACAAAUGUGUAAACCCGUUUUUAUACAUUUUAUUUUCUACGAAAACCCAUGGGUAAAUUAAUAGCCAAAGAGGUUCGGCUCGUUUCUCCGAGGCCGUCGGAAAGUAUAUUAACCUUAAUAAAGGACUUAUGUAACCGACAAGAAUCUAAUGAUCAUUGUAAGGGCUACAACAGGUGUAGAAACUUUGACUAAUUAUGCUAUUAUUGCACAGGGGGGGUAAAGGCUUCUCUUUUCACCAUACAGCCUCAAUGUAAUGUGGUAAUCUGUCCGUCUAGCUUUACGCGUGAGUUUGUGUGCAUAUGUGUGUGGGUACAUAUUAGCUGAUUAGAUCAUUUGAUAUAACGACCUCUGAGCAAAGUAAUAAUCGCCGCAUUAAGUACAAACAAGGUUCGCGACAAAUACAUGACAGUAGGCGACGUCUUCCUAGCCUGAACCAAGCAGGCGAUGUCGUUGCGUGGCGAAGACACUAACCGCAAAAACCACGUGCUUUGUUUGACGAAAUUUUAUGCAUCCAUCAAAACGCGGAGAGGGUCGACGCCGCACAAAAAUACACAAUAUCCAGUCGACGUGUUGUCAUUGCGCUUGGCAAUUGUCAAGCAAUGCGUCAUCAGUUAUCAUCCGUCCAUAGGCGCAGAGCGCUUAUUGAAUUAACCGUACGCAAAUGAUACCUCCGGUGCUCUUGUCGGCGGCGUCUUCGUCGUCUUUCGAUCACUCCUCCAAGCAAGCUUUUUUGUUUCUGUUUGACUCACUUUUGCGAUUAUUUGUUUACAUUCAACCGGGUACGACUUAAUUCAGGGGCAAACCCGCCUGCGGUAUAUCAACAUUGGAAACAGUAGUACUGCUGGCACAAAGAGAUUGUAAAAAUGGAGCUGACCGUCGCACGUCCGUUGAACGUCUGUGAUACGAGCGAGCAGCGUUGAAUUGUAAUUAUCAUUGGUGAGUUCGCGUGCCACUGCGUCAGAAACUCAUAGAUAAAGGUUACAGUUGGUUCGCUUUGCAAAAGGUGACCUGGAACAUUUAUGUUUGUUUGUGGAAUACAGUAGGCCAUGAAAGUUCUACUGGUAAACAUAUUAAUUGCAUUUUUUGGUUAGCACCAUCGUAGUAUGCCGUAUACGUUUUUGUUAUCGAGGAAUCUUUUAAAUGAGAAACCUAUUCAUGGUUGUUGGAGCAGAAUAAGUGGAACGCACGAACAGCUAUAAUGUAGAACAAAUUUAGAUUUUGAAAAAGCUAGCUUACUCUACACGUAUCAGCACAAUGUAUACCAUCCAAGUUGUACUGAUCCUGACGGUCGUCCGGUUAGGGUUUGCACAGAAAGACCUAGAUUUCUCAUCCAUAGGUGGUAAAAACACUUCGCGACCUUUUACAAUCAAGGUCCUAAAAAUGAUCUGUCCAGAUCAACCGUACGGCUACACUGUGGUAAAAACGUGCAAAGCAAAACUAGCUAGAAAUCAACCCACCAAGCUGAACAUGGCCGUGGAUAUCCAACGACCAGCUAACAAAUUGUUCCUGUCCUACGUGUUGAACUAUAAAUACAACACAUACAAACCGCUGCUGUUUGACGACUCCUUUGACCUAUGCCGCUUCAUGCUCGAGCAAGGUACCGGAAACAAUCUGCUGAUGAAUUUUAUGUACCAAGUCGCCAAAUCGCAGAUCAGUUGGCUACACAAAUGUCCAUACGAGGGUUUAGUCAACAUGACAGAUUUUGUGCUCGAUGAGAGCUUGAUGCCAACCUUCCUGCCAGCCGGAGAUUUCCGUUCAGAUACUAGGAUUUUCGAUGAUAGCAAUGAAACGAUCGUGUACCUCCAGAUAUUCUACAGCAUACGGGCUAAAGGGCUCUUUGACCUUUCCAUGGGCUGAAUUGAUUGAUUUUGCUGAAUUACACUAAUUUAAGGGGACAUUAGGGUGGCUAAAAUUAUUUCAAAUCGCAGAUCUUAUACUGCACUGC